GACAACAAAGAAAGAAUAAAAAACAGUCACUCAUUUCUAUUACCACCAUUCCCUUUGCUUUGCUUUCCAUCUAAGCCCCCCCAACUUCCUUCUUUUACACCUCUCUCUCCUUUCUUCAAGAACCCCUCUGCUCUCAUUUUUCUGCUACAAUCAUCAUAAACCACAGAAAAGGAUUCAAGUACUCUUUACCAAAAACAGGGUUCAGCUCUCACAUCUUAAUUUCAGGUACAUCAAAAAAUUUCCUCAAUUAAAUUUCUUCUCUAAUUUAUUUCAUCCGAUUUAUGAAGGUGUGUAGCUAAGGAAAAUAUGGGUUCAGUUGGACCACCACAAGGUCUGGUACCUUAUGAAAAUGUUAGAGAUUGUUCACAAGGAUUUUGUAGUUUCAGUUGUCCUCAAUGGUGUUACAUAAUAUUCCCACCACCACCACCGUUCGGAUUCUCCGACGACGAUUCCUCCGGUACAAAUUUCUCCCCGUUGGUCAUCGCGAUUAUCGGUAUACUAGCUAGUGCUUUCCUCAUUGUUAGUUAUUAUACUAUUAUUUCUAAGUAUUGUGGGAAUUUGGGUUCAUCUAGUUCAAGAACAAACAGUGACAACAACAAUGAGUCGAAUGAGAAUAAUCAAGAACUAGCUAAUCAAGAACCGUGGCAGAUUCCGAAUACCGGGUUAGACGAGGCGUUAAUUAAGACGAUAACUGUUUGUAAGUACUCGAAAAGAGAUGGGUUUAUCGAUGGAACGGAUUGUUCUGUGUGUUUAAGUGAAUUCCAGGAGAAUGAGAGUUUGAGGCUUUUGCCGAAAUGUAGUCAUGCUUUUCAUCUUUCGUGUAUUGAUACAUGGCUUAAGUCGCACGCGAAUUGCCCGUUAUGUAGGGCGAACAUUGUAUGUACUAGUCCUGCACCACUGCCUUCAGUUCAAGAUGAUAGUUCGCAAGUAUGCGAACAGGGAGGAGAAUUGCAAAGGAGUAGUGGUAAUGGUAAUCGAAAUGUUAGUUCUUCGGCGAGUGUUGUUGGAGACUCGGAGGAAAAUAACAAUGAUGCAAUCAUUGAGAUUAGAGAUGAAGCAGGAGUUCAACAAAUUAGAAGGUCAAUAUCAAUGGGGGAUAUGUCUCGAGGAGAUCGUCUUUCUAUUGCAGACAUCUUGUGUGAUAAUCAAGAUGAGCAUUGUCAUCACGAUCCUCAUAUUAGCGAAGAACAUGGGGGAUUUCAAGAGGGUGGUACUGAAUCGUCGUCCUCGAGAAAACAAAAUGUGGGUUCAACAGCUAACAAGCUAAUUCACACUAGAAGCAAGGUUUUACAUUGUGUUAUGAGUCCGGUCACAAUGAAACGUUCGACUUCUUCGGGUGGAAGAUUCUUGUUUAGCACCAGACAUGGAAGAUCAUCAUCAAGGAAUUUAGAUACUCUCCCAUUGUAAGAUUUAAGAAUAAGUUCAUAUAUGCCUAUUGAUUAAUAUGGGGUUCAAGAUAGAAAACAAUACAGGUCAUGGACAAGGUCUGAAAGACAUUGCAAGAAUUCUUGUUGCAAGUUUUUCAGUACAAUUAUUUAUUGAAUUUCACUCUCAUAGAAAGAAAAAUGGGAUCCCAUUCAAAACAUAAACAUGUGUUGGAUUCUAAUUUUCAGUCCUACAUUUGAGAAUUUUUUUUGGGGUGAAUCUGUCAGCUUUGGUCAUUGGAUGCUGUUUUGAUCAGGUUGUACUGCGUGAAUAUAAAACUGACUCAAGGAGACUAGAUUCGCGGCCUA